AUGACCUUGGAAGAUUUCGAAAAGUCACUGGCCGAAGACCAGGAUCGACGUCGGGAGAGGAGUGACAAGGACCGACGCCAUCGAGACCGUGAUCGCGAUCGCAGCAAAGACCGUUCGAACCGUCAUCACCAUCGCUCCAGCCACCACCAACGACAUUCGUCUCGAUCCCGCGAAGGUGACAAUAGACGCGAUCAUGAAUCUCGACACCGCGACGAUGAUAACCACAGACACAAGCGCUCACGUCACUCGACCGAUCAUGGAGACGACCCGAAGCACUCGCACAAGCGCCGACACGGACACGACAGGGAAGAUGAACGUUCGGCACCCAAAGCUAUCGUCCAGGGGGAGCCAAGUGCCCUAAAGCGGGAUUCAUGGAUGGAAGCGCCCUCUGCUCUCGACGUUGAAUAUGUUCAUCGCCCAGACCCUAAUCGUGUGGAAGAAUCUACGAAGCCAAAGAUGCUCCAAGCGGACUAUGAGCUGAAGAUUCACGAUAAGGAGCUCAACAAUCAUCUUCGUGACCUUAAAGAUGGCAAAGCGCUCGAUGAUACUGAGGAGGAGCCGGCGCAGCAUGAGGUGGAUUACACAUUUGGGGACUCGGGAUCUCAAUGGAGAAUGACAAAACUCAAAGGCGUGUACAGAGAGGCUGAGGAGAGCGGGAAAUCCGCUGAGGAGGUUGCCGUGGAGCGAUUUGGCGAUCUCCGCUCCUUUGAUGACGCCCGAGAAGAAGAAACUGAGCUAGAACGCCGCAAGUUGUACGGCCAGUCAUAUGUCGGGAAGGAAAAGCCGAGCGGAGAGUUAUUCCAGGAGAGGAAGCUUCAGAAUGCAGUGCACCGAGACCCGCAUCAGCAUAUUCGUGAUCCUGCAGAAGAGCUGAAGGCCGAGGGUCAAGGAAAGAUCAUGGACACAGAGGCCCCGUCGAGCACGACGAAGCUUCUCGACCAGACAGCAUUGAAUCGUCUCAAGGCUCAAAUGAUGAAGGCAAAACUGAAAGGAGCCGCCAAUGCAGCCGAGCUAGAAGAACAAUACAACAGUGCUGCGGCUGCGGCCAUGUCCAAUCGCAGUGAAUCGGACGUUGUCGUGUUAGGUGUCCAACAGAACCGCAUGCUAGCUGGAUUUAGAAAUGAGGUCAAGCCUGUUGAUACUAAACGUGGCCGUGAAAGAGGCUUAGUGGAAGACAAUGAAGAUAUGACCAUUGAGGACAUGGUUCGAGAAGAACGCAAAACCCGGGGUCAAGCCGGUGGGGAAGGUGCACGGCUGGCAGAGCGAAUCGCCAAAGAUGGCAAGUUUGAGAAUGACUUGGAGUAUAUGGACGACCAAGCCUCCAAAUUGGCCAAACGGGUGCAUCGAUCUGAGAUUGACAUUAAGAGCGCCACAAUUAAUGACUUCCGCAAGAUGAAUCGCAUCUUGGAUAACUGUCAGCUCUGUCAUCACGAAGAUACGAAUACCCCGCCAGUCGCACCUGUCGUCUCCCUCGCAACAAGGGUCUAUCUCACCCUUCCCACUGAGCCUGAAAUCAGCGAAGGAGGCGCUACCAUCGUGCCGAUUCAGCACCGAACGAACCUCUUGGAAUGCGAUGACGAUGAAUGGGAGGAGAUUCGUAACUUUAUGAAGAGCCUAACGCGCAUGUACCAUGACCAAGGUCGUGAUGUUAUUUUCUAUGAGAAUGCCGCCCAACCACAGCGCAAGCGCCAUGCGUCUAUGGAAGUGGUCCCUCUACCCUACAGUCUCGGAGAGACGUCGCCUGCCUUCUUCAAGGAAGCGAUUCUAAGUGCCGAGUCAGAGUGGUCACAACAUCGCAAGCUCAUCGACACUUUGGCAAAGUCCAAACAAGGGCUUGGUAGAAAUGCAUUCCGCCGGACGCUGGUGAAGGAAAUGCCCUACUUCCACGUCUGGUUUGAGCUCGACGGUGGUCUCGGCCACAUCGUUGAGGACGAGCACCGUUGGCCUCGUGGGGAUCUCUUCGCGCGGGAGGUCAUUGGCGGUAUGCUCGACGUUGCUCCAGAUGUUAUCAAGCGUCAAGGCCGCUGGAAUCGUGGCGGGGAUCGAAGGGUGGAUGGGUUCAAGAAGCGAUGGAGGAAGUUUGACUGGACUCGUAUCCUAGUCGAGGGAUAG